AUGGCAACGGGUAUUUAUUACUUCACCAGUGAAAUUAGCUUAACACUAAAUGCAGGUGGCUUAAAAUUGGGUGGAGCUGACUUAGCAUUGGGUGCAGCUGCUCGAUAUAGCAUAGUUGGAGUCAUUUUGAAUUUCAUAGGUGCGAUCGUCGCUGGUAUUAUACAACCGAAUCAAAAUUUACCAUACGAUUCAAUAUGUGAUUGUACUUCAAUAUUAUCGAAUAGUGAUGUUUGUCUUCAAUAUACUUGUAUAACUAAAAGACGUGAACAAACAUGCUUUCCUGGUCGAAGUACUGUUAUAACUGAAAAUGGUUUAAUGAAACUUUUAUCAAAUAUAGAAAUUGGCGAAUGUGUUCUGGUUAUUAAUAAAGAAAAUAAAUUAAUUUAUGAAUCUAUUGAAGGUUUUAUUCAUUUAAAACGAAAUGGUUCAUUUAGUUUUUUAUUAAUAAAUAUAGAAAUUGAUGAUCAUAGAAAUAUUACAACAUCUUUAUUUAUAUCAUCUAAUCAUUUAAUAUUCUUAGCAAAUGAUACAGAAUUAAAAAAUUCUCUAUUUGCUAGUCAAUUGCAAUCAGGUGAUCAUAUAAAAUAUGUAUAUAAAAAUGAAAUUAUAUUAGGUAAAAUUCGAAAUAUUGAUUUAACAAUAGAAGAAGAUUAUUAUGCACCAUUAACACCAUCGGAUACAAUUAAAAUUGAUAAUGUUUUUGUAUCGAAUUAUGCAUCAGUUAAUAAUCAUUAUUUAGCUCAUAGUGUUAUGAAAAUAUAUCGUUGGUGGAUUUAUUUAUUUGGAUCAAAUAAAAAUAAUGAAAAUAUUCAUUGGCUAUUAAAAUUAAUUGAAAGAUUGGUUCAAUGGUGUAUUUCAGAUAUUUGA